GAGGGCGCACUUGCUCUUGAACAGCAGAGCGCCACGUCAAGAUAGUAAACAAAAUCUUCAAGAAGUUUUCACCACUGCAAAGGAACCGGAGUCUGCUUUAACUUCAAUCAGAAAUUGCCGAAAUGUUAUACAAGGCGGUUAUCCUAAUUGGGGGACCACAAAAAGGAACUCGUUUCCGGCCUUUGUCUCUGGAGUUCCCCAAGCCUCUAUUUCCUGUUGCUGGGUUUCCCAUAAUUCACCAUCACAUAGAAGCAUGCAGCAAGGUACCAGACCUGCUGGAGAUACUGGUGAUUGGGUUCUAUCAGCCCAGUGAGGCACUCAAUCGCUUCUUGACAUCGUCACAGAGAGAAUCCAAUAUCAAUAUAAGAUACUUACAGGAGUACACGUCUCUCGGCACAGCGGGCGGAUUGUACCACUUCAGAGAUCAGAUCCUCAGCGGUCAACCGGACGGGUUCUUUGUUUUCAAUGGCGACCUGUGCUGCAAGUUCCCAUUGGCUGAAAUGCUUGAGUUCCACAACCAGAGGACCAAUGGGCAGCAUUUUACUCUGCUAGCAACUGAGGCACCCAAGAGCCAGUCGCUAAACUACGGAUGUUUGGUGAAAGAUCCUGAGACGCAUGAGGUAUUACAUUAUGUGGAGAAACCCCAGACAUUCGUCAGCAGCAUCAUCAACUGCGGCUUGUAUCUGUUCACGCCAGAAAUCUUUGAACACAUCUCAACAGUGUUUAAGGAAAACCAGGCAGAAAUCUUCAAUGGUGAUUCUUUCUCAAGUAACAGAGACACCAUUCGUCUGGAGCAGGACAUCUUCUCUCCCCUGGCAGGCACUGGCAAGCUGUUUGUGUAUAACUGCGAAGACUUGAUGUGGAGUCAGAUCAAAUCCGCUGGGUCAGCUAUCUAUGCCAAUCGCCUGUACCUUGGUCUAUACCAUGACACCCACCCAGAGCGACUGGCCAAGAAUGAUGAGAACGGACCGCAUAUUGUAGGAGAUGUCUUCAUCCAUGCGACGGCCCGCGUGGAUGCCACGGCUACUUUGGGCCCUAAUGUGACAAUAGGAGCUGGAGUUAUCAUAGGGCCUGGUGUACGAGUCAGGGAAUCCAUCAUCCUGGAAGGCGCCAGUCUACAGGACCAUUGCUGCAUAUUGCACAGCAUUGUAGGAUGGAACAGCGUGGUCGGGGCGUGGUCCAGGGUGGAGGGCACGCCCAAGGGGCCCAACCCCAACGACAAGUUUGCUAAAAUGGACAGUGAUAACCUGUUUGACGAUCACGGUAAACUGACGCCGUCCAUCACCAUCCUAGGUAGCAACGUGAGCAUUCCUGCAGAAGUGAUUAUACUCAAUGCAAUCAUCCUCCCAGACAAGGAGAUCAGAGGAACUUUCAAGAAUCAGAUCCUACUCUAGAUGGCAAGACAACCAAGACGAUUUGCUAAAAUAAAUUGUUGGAGUUACACAUCAGUUUUAGUGCUGUUCCAGUAGUGUAACCUCCCCCCCCCCAACUCAUACACACAAAAGGGGAACCAGAAACUAAUCUUAAACUUAAAAUUUGACAUCAAGUUUACAGUGCUGGUAAGGGACCUUAAAAACACUGCUGUGUUUUGUAUCUUGACCAGUGCCCCCUUUACUUCAGAUGAUCAAGGCCUCCCCCAAUGAAAAACAACUAGCUGCGCUCAAUCUUGGUGGAUUUGUUUAAUGAUCUUUAAAAUGUUGUGUACAUGUACAUGUGUUUUCGUUAUUGUCUGAAACAGAAAUAUGCGUAUUAAUGCCAUUUUCCUGACAAGUUUCAUCACCCACGGUUUGGUUUUGUUGGCAUUACAUCACAGAAUGUGGUCUGAUACUUUUUAAAAAAAAUUCACUGGGGACCAUUUUAACUGAAUUUGUUAGCAUGGUACUGUAGCGUGUUGUACGCAUGUUGCUACUUGAAUUUAGUACAAAGAUUUUAUGUUGAUAGAAUUAUAUUUACUUCAUACAGUGGCAUAGCCCUUUUUCAAGUUAAAGCAGCUUCUUUAUUAUUUGUGCUUUUUAAGUUUUAUCAUUCUGUUGUAAAUGAUUGCUGAAAUGGCUUUUGUUUUUGAAAUAAACUUCUCAACAUGUGCUAGUGAGAGUGAUUAAUCUUGAGCAGUAUUACAAGUAGCUCCAUGGCGGUAGUGAUGCAAACAUCUUGAUUAGCGUUACAACAGUGUAAAAUUGUAUGAUUUGCUUUGAAUUCAUAUGCAAACAUUCAUCUUUGAGGCACUGGUUGGGCAAGUACAUUUUAAAUUGCCCACAAUGGGAAUGAAUCGGAUAAUGUAAUAUACAUAAUUAUGAAACAUGUACUUUAUACCCCCCGCAGAGAAAUAGCUUCUAAAAAAAAAAGAUGUUAUGAGGCAGCUAGUAUAGAUAUACAAUGCUGCAGUUUGUAUAAAUUACAUUUUGUAUAACGUGUCAAAGAACUCUAUAAAUCGAUUACAUGUAUAUGAAUUGUGAUUGU